AUUUGACCUCGUGUCGACUGACUGUGGUUUGCGGUGAGGUGGUCGAAGAAGGAGGGAUGGUGCUCAGCGCGGUGUUUAUCACAGACCUGAAGGGGAAGAUCAUCAUCAGCCGCAACUAUCGCGGUGAUAUCCCCAUGUCUGUGGCGGAAAAGUUUACCCAGUACGUGACCGAAAAGGACGACAACGAACAGCGACCGGUGUUCACGAACGAGGAGUCGGGCAUCACGUUCGUCUAUAUCAAGUACAACAACUUGUACCUGAUGACGGUGACCAAAGUCAACUCGAACGUGGCGCUCAUGCUCAUGUACCUCAACCGGAUUUGCCAAGUCUUUCAAGAGUACUUUGGCGAGCUCGAAGAAGAAAGCAUUCGCGACAAUUUUGUCAUCAUCUUUGAGCUGUUGGACGAAACGAUGGACCACGGGUACCCACAGACGACGGAAGCGCGCAUAUUGCGAGAGUACAUCACGCAGGAAGGACAUCGCAUGGAGUCGGCGCCGCGCCCGCCGACGGCUCUCACAAACGCCGUGUCCUGGAGGUCCGAAGGCAUCAAGCAUCGCAAGAACGAAAUCUUCCUGGACGUUGUCGAGAAGCUCAAUCUGCUCGUCGCGUCCAACGGCACGGUAUUGCAUUCCGAAAUCCUCGGCGCGGUCAAGAUGAAGUCGUUCCUGAGCGGCAUGCCCGAGUUAAAGCUCGGACUGAACGACAAGAUGUUGUUCGAGGCGACGGGGCGCUCGAGCUCGUCCAAGGGGAAAGCCGUCGAGAUGGAAGACAUCAAAUUCCACCAGUGUGUGAGACUGGCACGCUUCGAGACGGACCGCACGAUCAGCUUUAUUCCACCGGACGGCGAGUUCGACUUGAUGACAUAUCGGCUGACGACCCACGUGAAGCCGUUGAUAUGGGUCGAAGCAGUCGUCGAGCCGCACUCGCGCAGCCGUAUCGAGUACAUGGUCAAGACCAAGUCGCAGUUCAAGAGCCGUAGCAUUGCCAACAACGUCGAGAUCGUGAUCCCAGUGCCGCCGGACGUAGACAGUCCGUCGUUCAAGUGCAGCAUUGGGAGCGUCACGUACGUGCCGGACCGUGACGCGAUUGUGUGGACGAUCAAGCAGUUCAACGGAAGUCGAGAGUACCUCAUGCGUGCGCAUUUUGGGCUGCCGUCGAUCUCCAACACCAACACGGCGGCGACGGACGAGUGGAAGGCGCCGAUUCAGGUCAAAUUUGAGAUUCCAUACUUUACCGUGUCAGGCAUCCAAGUCCGGUACCUCAAAAUUAUUGAAAAAUCCGGGUACCAAGCGCUGCCGUGGGUGCGGUACAUCACGCAGAACGGCGACUACCAGCUGCGCAUGUCGUAGAAACGUCCACUCAAUAAACAUGGUGCCGAUUCCA